AUGAACAAUACUACGACUCUCAUCCCCUCUGACCAAAUAGUCAUUGCCACCAAGGGCAAUCACAUCACAGCUGCAGAUAUCUCUCGUGCACUGUUUUAUGCCAAUUCCCGGAUGCUGACCAUGUGCCUGCAUGUUGACAAGAGUUUUUCCCUGGCCAUGCCUGGUUAUGCAGAGGCUUUCUACACCCUGAUGAAAUGGGAGAUGGAGACCUUUGUAAUGCCUUUCAUUAACAUAUGUUUUAUUACCCGGUUGUCCGCUACUAUUCCUCAACUUCUCAAGGAUGUGCUCUCCACCAUGACCGCACACACUUUGGUGGACCGGCGACCAGAUGUUAAUGCCAUUUUGCAGGAUAUCCGUGCAUUGCGCAUUUCUGCUGAUUCAAUCAAAUCAGAUGACUAUGAUAUUGCUCAUAUGCUGGACUACUUCAAUGACUGGUGGAAGGAGCCGCUUGGUUGUUGCAGGGUUUCAGAUAUGUUGCCCAAGUCAUCUGUCCAAGAUGUUAUGGAUUUGGUUGCAUGGCACUUUUCACACCUGGUUAAUCAGUCCAUAUGA